AUGACACUCUGGCAUUUUUUUCCUCUUUCUCCUCUGAAUACCCUCGCAUGCGAGAGUCAACGACACCCUCGCAUUUUUUGCCUCAUUCUCCUAAAGACGAAUAUCUUUAUUCCUAGUUCCGAAUUGCUGUUUUUUUCAUUUUUAAAAAAAAUCCUGGUAAUGGAGGAAUGACCAGUGUUUUGUGGCAAUGUUCCUCUGAUUUUACAUAUAAAAUUUUUCUCAUGCGAAGAAAAAAUAAAUCAGUCCCUCACCGAUGACACCCUGUCCCAAUCAGGUCUGUUUUGGUGGAUAAUCGAAGCUUUUUAUUUUACUGCAAGUCGAGAGAGACUUAGUACCUUGUUAUUUUUACUUUGGUUAAUUGUCAAAAUAUCUAAACAGUCGAAGUAUGCAUAGUUUCUGUUUUCAUGUCUCUCAUGUGAGACAGAUUGUUUCCUGUCGAUAGCUGUGGGGUAGGCAUUACAGUUGCAAUUGAAUUUCCACUGUUGUUGCUGAUUGUCGUGGGUGAGAAAACCCUCAGAGGAUGGGGACAAAGGUGGAGAGAAAAUGAAAUCACACACUUAAUUGAUGCUAAGGUUUGGUAUUUAUACUGGACCUACAUUACACAGAUGAACCAGACCCAUACCUGGCCAAUUCAACAGUGAACCGGACCGGGCUGAACUAGUCUGAAGUAAGAGAAAAUUCAACACACUUCAACACUAAUAGUUCCAGUGAUCACCGAAAUUGCUCUUAUCAGGGGAGAUUAAACCUUAUUCACCUCUCGGUAUCAACUUUAUGAGUUGUAAAUGAUGAGUGAACAUUGAGAGUCAAAUUUUCUAUGUAGUUCUUUGUCGAAUCAACUUUUAUGAUUCUCACACUUCCCUCUUCCCAGGGCAUAUAAAUUUCGUGGGAAGUCGCAAAAGAAUGCCUUUUCAGUUUUAUGUGGUGUUGGUUUUUUUUCUGUUCUACUGUGGAAUGUGUACCAUGCACUAAGGUGCCAGAGCGCCGGCUCUGAUGGUCCAUGUGCUUAAUUUAGUCCGAUUGACCUCUACAAUCUUUCCAUAGCGUUUCUUGAAGUUUUCCUUUGCUUUUUGGCUGCAGAUGAUGCAACGUGUGGAUCACCAAGAUGGAUUGGAAGGAGUCUUUCCUGUGUAUGCAUCAAACGAAAAGGAGCUUAUGAGCGCAUAUGGGGCAAUUUGACGCCGUUACAGGCACAUUUCUUUUCAUAAUACUCCUUUGUUAUUACAUACAAAGGAUUUUUUGGUUUAUCAUAUACUGAGAAAUGAGUCACUAAAAAUUCUUUGAUGUUGAGACUUGUAUUUUGCAUCCGUACUAUUAAUGUUUCGUGUUUCAAAUGCUCAGUUUGUUUGACUAUUCUACAUUUACUGUAACUGUUAGUUUUGCCCCUUUGGCAUCUUCAAUGUCCACCUUUAGAUGUCACAGAGUUCACCUAAAUUAUCCACCUUCAUAAACUCUGAGAGAAUGGGCAUCCGCUGAAAAAUUACGUGAUUCACAAAAGGCACAACUGUUCCCUACUUGGACAGAUUUAUGCCUUAGGAGAAAAUGUUCCCCUUCAUAAAUGCUAGCUUCACGAAAGUAUUGGUGUCAAGAAUGGUCUUCAUGAAUUCAGCAUUGCAUCAGAUAGAUCCCAGAUGCCCUUGGGUAGUGCCAAAAGAAAGGAUGGAAGACUAGGAGGGAACGGAGAUGGCUCCUUGGGUAGUGCCAAACGGUUUGUGCAUUUACAAUAAUUAAAAGGAUUAGUGGCAUCCUUGGGUUUUGAUUUCAUUAAUGAACGAAAAAAAUAUACGAAAGCAUCUAGGACUCUACUUCGGGAAUUUGAAUGUGAAUGGACUGGAAUGCCACCACGUGAAGCCAAAAGGCUGUACUAUUUACCCUACAUUAUUCCACCGUUUCUUAGAGACAUAUUAGCUGAGAUGUUACUCAUUUUAUCUGUUCGAAUUUUAAAAAAGCUCGACUUAGCUAUGGCUGGAGUUCUAUUCCUUAGCGUUUGAACAUUUGCUGGUUUUCUUACCUCAGGUUCCUUGAUAUUGGGCAAAAGACAAUUUAUUCACCUGGCUAACUCAUAGUCUGUCAUUCUUGUGUGACUGAUGGAAAUAUUCAACUUGUCUUUCUGGACUGAUUUUACUGUUUCAAGUAUGAAUCUAUAUCUCACGAUGAAGUUUGAUGCUCUGAUUUUUUUUAAUGCUUUCCUUUUUUUCAUUUAUGCUUACAUUGACCUAGUUGAUAUGAAUGUAUCACAGGAAGAAAGACUAAAACGAUUAAGGCAGCGUACACAGGUUUCAUUCGAUUCGUCUAGGAGAGAUCACCAGGUGAAUCUCUAGAUUUCACUUCACGAAGUAUCCAAGUGUAUCGGCGCUUUUAUCCCAUGUUGUCGCUAGUCGCUAGUAUUUAAUGUCUUUCUGGCAAGUAAUGUGAUCACCGUUAUUUCUGUGCCACAUCUCUCCAUCGGUUUCCUUAGCUACCCAUAAAUUUGAAAAAUAGGUGUUUUUAUCAGAUAGAGGAUAGUAUUGCAAAUCUUCGUUUCAAGCAUACUCGCAACUGCACUCUUUGAGAAGUCACCGAGAUAUUGGUCUUUGUCUCUAAUUAUAGAUUCAGAAUCAUGAAAUUUCAAGAGUACGGCAAGGAUUUUUUAUUCAUAAACUUUUUCUGACAGGAGGCAUUAAAAUCCCUUUGGUACGCAACAUACCCAGAUCAAGAACUCCACGGCUUGAUAUCUGAUCAAUGGAAGGAGAUGGGUUGGCAAGGAAGAGAUCCUUCAACCGAUUUCAGGUUGAUUUUAUCUUUUUAUUUCAGCAUUAUGUACACUUAUGUUGCAUAACUUUUUCUUUGCUAAGCUUUGUGAUUCCUUUUGUCUAAUAGGGGGGCUGGAUUCAUUUCACUAGAGAAUUUACUUUUCUUUGCAAAGACAUUUUCUGUAAGAUCUCCACUCUUUGACCUGUCUAUUGAAUUUCCUUUAUGGAUGUUAUAAGCUUUUUCUGUACUAUGUUAACCAGGAUUUAUAGCAGUAUUGUACUUUUUUCAGUCCAUAAAAUGUUUUCGACAACUUCAGUCGGGGUGUAUUCCAAUGGGAAGAUGUCAAUUAGUAUCGCCAGAACAUCUCAGUUGUGAAGUAGAGUCAACCCCAAAUUCUAAGGCGUCGAUCGAUUAGUGGUUAUUCAGACUUGAGGGAAAAUAGAUGUUUUAUUUAUUUAUUAUGUGAAUGCCUUACAAAUUGACAUUACGUCCAAGUCAAUCAUGCUAUUAUGUUUCUCAAUCCAAUUCAACUUUGGAUUUUUACAGGUAUCUUUUCAGAGACUUUUAAAUAAAGCGGGGGGAAAGCGAGCUACGUGGGAGUAUCCAUUUGCUGUUGCCGGUGUAAAUAUAACAUUUAUGAUUAUGCAAAUGCUGCAACUCCACUCGUGUAGGUUAUCCUAUCCCUCAUUUUUAGAAGUGGGAAAACUAAGAAAUAUAGUUGAGGGUACUAGAUCUUGGAUAAAAGCAUGACACUAUUAAGAUUCUCUUUCAAAACCAAAAUGAUCUCAUACGAUGGUCUUUCAUACAGUGUUAGAUAAUUAACUGGAUGCACCUUAAUUUCCGAAACACGUACUUGGAUAUUUUGGUACAUCACAAGUAACUUGGAUGCAUCACAAGUAAAAAUCUCAGAAGACAGUCUUAGGGCCAUAACAUAUCAAUUUUAGUUUCAAAAACUCUCAUUUUCUGGGUUUUUUAUGGUUAUGUUUCCUUUCUAACCAGCACUCGCACAGAUAAUUAAAUUGAAACAACUAUAGGAGAGGGGAGGCACAUGAGAUUGUCAGGUUGAAGUUAUACUUUUAAGUAUUAGUAAUGUUUGGGUUGCCUGAACUGAAUUUCCUUUUAAAUUCUUGAAAAGCAUCUGUGGUUUGGAUGUCUAGCGAUCAUGAGAUUCAAACGUACUAUAGAGAUCAGAGUUUCAUCCACCAUCCUUUCAACCUUAUCCCUGAGAAUGAUUUUUUUUUUUAUCUUUCCAUCAAUAUCAGGGGUGUCCGUGGGGCCUAUCCGAAAAAACAACGCGGCUCAGGACCAAACCCUCAUGAAACCAAGGUGUAGCCCAACCUGGCCCCCACACCUGCAUUCCCAACAAGAGUGUCUCGGUGGUGGCUCGCUGGUGGAUGCCGGGGCAGUUGCUGUUGGGGCUGGGGGCUGCUGGGCCCAGCAUGCUGUAAAGUCAAGGAACUUCGUCAGAUCAGUUUUCACCCAGAUGCUGUCAGGUUGGUUCGCAUAUCUAUGCAUGAUAUUCCAUGCAUAUGAUCUAUAAUGUGUGAUUUUUCUCAUUCUUUCCUGAUUUGGUUGGUUCCAGAGGAUGAAUGGGCAUUCGACGUGCUCUACUGCGUCGCAUUCAUGGUCAUGGACAAGCAAUGGCUCGAAAAGAACGCCUCUUACAUGGAAUUCAACGUGAGUCCUUCAGCCAUGGAUGAUCCCUCUUCUUCACCCCUGGUAUUGUUCUCUCACCACUGAUAUUGCUACCCUCAUGGUCUGCAGGAUGUCCUCAAGUCAACCAGGGCGCAGCUGGAGAGGGAGCUGCUGUUAGAUGACGUCCUGCGGAUUGAAGACAUGCCGUCCUUCAGCCUUCUUUCUUAG